UGAAGCUGUUUCAGAAGUUUUCACUUGCACACACUGUUUUAGUGAAGCAAAUGAAUGAUCUCGCACGAUGGAUCUCCUCCACCUCCUCCCCUCUUUCUUGUGUCGAUGUCUGAGUCUCUGACCUCUGUUUCGAUCUCUCUUUAGUUUAUUAUUUUUCUUUCGUCUGUCCAGAUUUUAGACAAAAUCUGAUGUAUGAAACGUGAUUAAAAAAAUCAGGAGGGUUUACAAUUUACCUGUCAAAGAUGGAUUAAAAAAUUGCAUUUGAAUUUUGUUCGUAUUGAGGUUUAAUGUGGCGACCAAGUGUUCAUCAUCUUCAACAAAACUGGUUUUGAUUGAAGUGUGAAAAUGUGGGGUGGUAUUAUGGGAGAUGGACCGGAGAUUCCAUUUGAUGUGACGAAAGUUGUUCAGGUAGAAGAAGAAUUUGAACCAACAAGUGCAAUUGUGUUCUUUGGAUUAUGUAUGGUUUUGGGAAUUGGUUCAAGACAUGCUCUUCGUGGUACUAGAGUGCCUUAUACUGUUGCGCUGCUUGUCAUUGGUGUUGGACUUGGAUCUUUAGAAUUUGGUACAGAUCAUCGACUUGGAAAACUUGGGGCGGGUAUUCGCCUAUGGGCAAGUAUCAAUCCGGAUCUUCUCUUGGCUAUUUUUCUUCCUGCUCUUCUUUUCGAGAGCGCCUUUUUGAUGGAAGUACACCAAAUCAAGAGAUGCAUUGGUCAAAUGCUUAUUCUCGCUGGCCCUGGUGUUCUGAUUUCGACCUUCUGUCUUGGAAGUGCAAUGAAGCUUGCUUUUCCAUACAACUGGACUUGGAAAACAUCCUUGUUGCUAGCAGGGCUUCUUAGUGCUACUGAUCCUGUUGCUGUCGUGGCUUUGUUGAAAGAGCUGGGUGCAAGCAAAAAAUUGAGUACAAUAAUUGAAGGAGAAUCAUUGAUGAAUGAUGGUACGGCGAUCGUGGUUUAUCAAUUGUUCUACCGUAUGGUCCAGGGAGAGAGCUUCAGUUUUGGAGAUAUAGUCAAAUUUCUAUCACAAGUUUCACUUGGAGCUGUAGCUAUUGGUCUUGCUUUUGGAGUGGCGUCUGUGUUGUGGCUGGGGUUCAUUUUCAAUGACACAAUCAUAGAGAUUUCACUGACUCUAGCAGUGAGCUAUCUUGCUUACUUCACUGCUCAAGAUGGCGCUGGCGUGUCAGGUGUUUUGACAGUGAUGACUUUGGGGAUGUUUUAUUCUGCAGUUGCUAGGACUGCUUUUAAGGGUGAAAGCCAACAUAGCUUGCAUCAUUUUUGGGAAAUGAUUUCGUACAUUGCUAACACCCUCAUUUUCAUCUUAAGUGGGGUGGUUAUAGCUGAAUCAGUUCUACACAGUGAGAAUUAUUUCUUUAAGCAUGAAACGUCAUGGGGCUACCUCAUUCUUCUCUAUGUCUUCGUUCAAGUGUCCCGCGUUAUAGUUGUUGGGACCUUGUAUCCAUUUCUGCGUUAUUUUGGAUAUGGUCUCGAAUGGAAAGAGGCAACUAUUCUUGUUUGGUCAGGCUUAAGAGGUGCCGUGGCAUUGUCAUUGUCACUGUCAGUGAAGCGUGCGAGCGACAGUUCGGCCUUUCUAAAUCGAGAAACAGGAGCUCUGUUUUUAUUCUUCACGGGUGGGAUUGUUUUCUUGACACUCAUUGUGAAUGGAUCAACAACACAGUUUGUUUUACAUUUUCUGGGUAUGGAUAAGCUAUCAGCUGCAAAGAGACGCAUAUUAGACUAUACAAGGUAUGAAAUGAUGAACAAGGCACAUGAAGCAUUUAGUGAUCUUGGAGAUGAUGAAGAACUAGGACCUGCUGAAUGGUCCACAGUGAAAAAGCAUCUUGCUUGCUUGAAUAACCUGGAAGAAGACCAGGUGCACCCUCACUCUGUAUCCAGACAUGAGAGUAGCAUCCAUGCUAUGAAUUUAACAGACACGCGAGUUCGCCUCUUAAAUGGAGUCCAAGCUGCUUAUUGGGGGAUGCUAGAUGAGGGAAGGAUAGCCCAGAAUACUGCAACCAUUUUGAUCGAAUCAGUUGAUGAGGCAAUUGAUUUAGUCAGUGAUGAUUCUCUGUGUGACUGGAAAGGCCUAAAAUCUCAUGUUCAUUUUCCAAGUUACUAUAGAUUGCUCCAGAUGAGCAUCUGUCCACGGAAGCUGGUGACUUAUUUCACAGUGGAGCGAUUAGAAUUUGCAUGUUACAUAUGCGCUGCAUUCCUCCGUGCUCAUAGGAUUGCAAGAAGGCAACUUCAUGAAUUUAUUGGUGAAAGUGAGAUUGCUUCUCUUGUAAUUAAUGAAAGUGAAUCUGAAGGAGAGGAAGCAAGAUGUUUUCUGGAAGAGGUCCGCGUUACUUUCCCUCAGGUUUUGCAUGUUGUGAAAACAAGACAAGUUACAUAUGCGGUACUAAAACAUUUGAGCGAGUAUGUCCAAAAUCUCGAAAAAGUUGGGAUAUUAGAAGAGAAAGAGAUGAUUCAUCUUCACGAUUCGGUGCAGACUGACUUAAAGAAAGUUCUGAGGAACCCUCCUUUAGCAAAGAUGCCAAAGAUAAGUGAUAUGUUAAGAGUUCACCCUUUGUUGAGAGCACUACCUUCUAUUGCACGUGUGCAUAUUGAAGAAUCUACGAAAGAAGUAACAAAAUUGCGUGGAGUAACACUCUGUAAAGAGGGAACCAAACCAAAUGGAAUAUGGCUUAUUUCAAAUGGAAUUGUGAAGUGGGGCAGUAAGAAUUUCAGAAACAAGCAUUCUUUGCAUCCGUCAUUCUCACAUGGAAGUACUUUAGGUCUUUAUGAAGUACUAAUUGGAAAGCCCUACAUCUGCGACUUGAUCACAGAUUCUGUUGUACACUGUUUCUUUGUUGAAAGUGAUAAGAUACUUUCGUUGCUCCGAUCAGAUCCUGCUGUGGAAGGUAUCCUGUGGAAGGAAAGUGCCGUAGCCAUUGCAAAAAUCCUUCUUCCCCAAAUAUUUGAGAAAAUGGCUAUGCAAGAAUUGAGAUCCAUUGUUGCGGAACGGUCGGAAAUGAACAUAUUCUUAAGGGGAGAAAUUAUAGAAAUACCCCCUCAUUCCAUUGGAUUUUUAUUUGAAGGAUUUGUAAGAAUCCAAACCAACCCAGAGGAAUUGGUUGCAUCUCCAGGAGUGUUGUUACCCUCAUAUGGAGAUUUAAGCUUUCUCAAUUUGGAAACAUCAGUGACUAGAGAGCUAAAGAUGGAGUUGGAAGUCAUCGGAUCAGGUGCCAAGGCUGCAAGUUUCUGUCAUCAAGGGACCUCGUAUGAGGUUGACUCAAGAGCUAGGAUAAUUAUAUUUGACAUGGCAGCUGUUGAGGCUGACACACAACUACAAAGAAGAACAUCUUCGCGUAUCUCUGCUGCAGCUGAACCAUCUAGAGGCCUAAAUAGAGAGCAUGGUGGCCUAAUGAGUUGGCCUGAGCACAUGUACAAAAGCCAACAUAGUCAACAUGAGAAGCUAGGUAGCAGCUAUAGAAAUUCUAAAAGUUUCAAGGUUUCUAGAAGUUUUAAGACUUCUCAGAGGAAGGAACAGCAUAGCCAAUCAUAUCCAAGGGUUCCAUCAGGGAAAAAAGAGAGGUCACUUGUGGCUGUUCAAUCAGAAGGAUCUAACAAUGUGAGAAAGACUAGCUUUAAAGUAAAAGAUUUCGCAAGACCGGAUGACAUUCCCCUCAGCAGAAACAGAAAUGAGAGUGGAAGAGAUGAUAACUCAAGUGAGGACUCCGGCAAAGAAGAGGAACUCAUUGUAAGAAUUGAUUCCCCAAGUAGUCUUUCAUUUCAACAUCCUUGAGUCGCUCGACUGUUUCUUUGAUCAUUUUCAUGUAGAUGGUUAAGAUACGUCGCAGUGUUGGUAAGUUCGUUGUGUGUGCGGUGAGCUGUUGUUGGAUAAGAAAUAAAACAAAGAAAACUUAAAAGCCUUUUUUUUCCUAGAGAACUUUUAAGAGACUUUCUUUUAGGGAAGGUGAAGUGUAAAUUUUUAUUGUUACUGUAGUAUAUGUAUGUGAGUGAGAGUGAGGGUUCUGUUGAUUAUCGGAAGGGUAUUCUAGGAAGGCUGAACUAGAAAGGGAGUGCCCCUUAUCUACAGGGUGGACAUAGUAAAACCCUCAGCAGCCUUGUAGCUUUUGUACAUGUGGUAGAAGAGGCAUAAUGUAGAAUUUGGUAUUACUGGCUUCUUCUGUGAUCACAUUUCCGGUACAAGUUGUUUCAAGGUUGUACGCGACCAAUGUAAGGAAUUUGACUUUCGAAUAUUUUCCUGAUUCGGGGUUAUGAAAAAAGGUCCACGUCCCGUGCUUAAA